CGUUAAAGCGGGUUUGUUCACACAGAGCAACUGCUGCGCACAUCCAGCCUUAUCCAAGUAGUGUACUUCUUUGCUUUCCGAUAUCUGCUUGUUUAAGAUUUGUUUCAUUGAACAUACCUCUACUAGUAACAACAAUAACAAUGUGAACGACUCACUGGUUAUUUCCAAUGCAGCCUGUACUUACUAAUACAAACAUCUUUUAAAAGAAUGUGGAGAACAUGAGUAGGUGAAAAAGUUAUCAAACUGGAUCAGUGAUUAUCUACAAUAAACCUCAACCUGGAGGGUUUUUAUUUGGACUUGUGGACGAUAUGGUUUGAUGAGCACAUCUUAAAAUUGUUGCCCUUGAACAUUUAUAAUGGCCCUACGUGAUGGAUGGUCUAGUCCCUCAACUGUGGAUGAUACAUUUUUCGAUCAGGAAGGAGAGGAAACACCACUGCUGCAUAAACACACAGGACAACAUACAGUAUCUCCUCAGUGCUGCUCUGUGCGAUACAACCUGGCCUUCAUGAUGUUCCUCGGCUUUGCUGUUGUGUACGGGCUCCGGGUCAAUCUCAGUGUCGCCAUGGUCGCUAUGGUCAAUACAACUGGUAUCCAGCCGGUGUUUAAUGACAGUGAAUCAAAGGAAUGUCCAGCAUCUUCUACUACCUCUAACAGUAGCAAUGAAAACCUUGAUCAGCCAGAUGGGAUACCAAGAUACCAAUGGAAUCCUCAGACUCAGGGAAUGCUGCUUGGUGCUUUCUUCUUUGGGUAUCUAUUCACCCAAGUUCCCGGGGGAUACCUGUCAGGUCUCUGUGGGGGGAGUAAGUUCCUGGGAGGAGGGGUUUUGGGUACAGCAAUCCUCACUAUUCUUACUCCUCUGGCUGCUCAGCUUGGGGUCAAUUGGCUGUUUGCUCUAAGAGCUCUGGAGGGCUUUGGAGAGGGUGUGACAUUCCCUGCCAUGAUGGCUAUGUGGGCCUGCUGGGCACCUCCAUUGGAGAGAGCUCGUCUGAUGACUAUCUCAGGAGCAGGAGGAAAUUUUGGUGCUUUUGUUGCUUUCCCUCUUACAGGCUUCAUAUGUCACAGUAUGGGCUGGCCUGCAGUCUUCUACUGCUGUGAAAUCACUGGCAUGGCGAUCGGUCUUUAUUCUUACAUUUUGCCACCAGGGGGCGCAGGAUGUCUUUGGGCAGUAUUGUGGUUCAUCAUGGUGUCAGAUGAACCUCGCACACAUCCAAGAAUAAGUGACAGAGAAAAAGAAUACAUUAUCAACUCUAUAGGCUCAGAGGGAGGUUCUCACGGAUGGUCGGUGCCGUUGUUGCCCUUGUUGCGCUCAGGCCCUCUCUGGGCCAUCAUCAUCACACAGAUGUGUGCUAACUGGUCUUAUUACACUCUGCUUACCUCGCUGCCUACCUACAUGGACACAAUUCUGCACUUUGACCUGCGCCAGAACUCCUUCCUGUCAGCAUUACCCUACUUGGGUGGCUGGUUGUUCUCUCUCCUCUCAGGUGUGUGUGCAGACAAACUUUUGGAGAAGGAGAUACUAAGUGUAACGUCUGUCCGCAAAAUCUUCACUUUUGCAGGCUUGCUCAUCCCAGCAGUACUCCUGGUUGCUGUUGGAUUCUCUGGGUGCAGUGGCGUCCUGGCUGUUACCUUUCUCACACUCUCCAGCACUUUUGGGGGCAUCAGUUCAGCUGGAGUCUUCCUAAACCAGAUUGAUAUUGCUCCUCAGUAUUCUGGCUUUCUGCAAGGGAUCACCAACACUUUUGGCACAAUCCCAGGAAUACUUGCACCGGUGAUAACGGGUCAACUUACCAAAGAUCAUACUCUGAUGGGCUGGAGGAAGGUUUUCUAUGUGUCAGCAGGAGUGAAUGUAUUUGGAGCCUUAUACUACACACUGUUUGGCAGUGGAAAGAUCCAAACUUGGGCUCUAAAGGAGAACAAAGAGACAGUCGGUACACUGUGAACCUUUUCUGCACUAUAUUUAAAUUAUUGACUUGAAUUAUUAAAUGACAUUUAUUAAUUAAUGUUCUUAAUAUAGUACACAAAAAAAUAAUAAUAUGUGAAUAAGGGAAGCAGUAUGUUUAACUGUAUAUUUGUAUAGAAUCCAUUAUAAAUGUGGUUCAUUUGAAAGUAGGGACCAUUAAGGACAUUUCCUGGGAAUAACUAUUGCCUCUUAUAAUACUGGAAUGCUGCUACAUUUCAUUUGAUUUAAUAGAAAAACAUAAAACAACAGCACCACCUUUACAGUGUGUGCCCAUUCUUACACAAUGUCAUUUUUCAAACCAUUUUGUUUACUUCAACAGUUUCUAAACAUGUAUAGAAACAUAUCCCUUUCUUACUCUCUUAUGUUUUUACACUUUUUAAAAAUGUUUAAUAUCUUAAUGUUUUAAGCCACUGAAUACAAUAACUGUAGCAUUGAAACAUUGGAGUUUUAUAGCAUUUUAGAUACAACUUUACAUACAAGCGUUUUUUUUACGGAUCCUGUUCAUGGAAACUUUUGGUUUUAUUUGUUGAUUUAAAAAUGUUUGUACCUGUUAUAUUUUUGCUAUAUUUUAUAUGGCUUUUAACAUAUAACAGCUUUAAUAUUAGUAACUGGGAAUGCAUUAUGGCUUGUGCUAAAGGAAAAUGAAAGAGUAUUCUGUAUAUGAGGCUGCAUAGCACAUUAAUCAACCUGUUCUUGUCAUAAGUAGUUAUAGUUUAACUGUUCAUUCUGUUGAUAAAGCAAGACUCUACAACAGAUUUCUAUGUAUGCUGGUAUUUUUUUAAAGCAUGAUUAACCAAAAGGUUUUUUAAUGAGAAAAAUCAUUACAAGCUCCUUGUUUUUGUUGUACACUGCCAAUCUGUUUCACAUGAUCACAUCAGUUUGAGUGAUAAGCAUGUGAUCCUGAUGGGAUACAAACAAGGGAAGUAGGUUGGGUUUAUUUUAAUAAUAGAAAAUUAAGUGAUGUCAAUGCUAAAGAAUGUGAAGACGUUACACACAUGAUACACCAGCUGCAUAAAUACCAUAAUAAUUUUUUUUUGAAUAAUAUAACAAUAUUGAUUAGUACUGGUAGUCUAUUUACUGAUCGUGCUUUCAGUACUGCUUUUUUCACAGUGUAAUAAUUUAAUUAUUAAUAUUAAUUUAUUAAUUUAUAAAGCAUUUUUAAUGAAUGCUUUAGCAGCCACAAAAAAUAAGGAAGGCUUAUAAGUAGGCAUUAUGGUAGGCUCAAUAAAGCUCUCUCAUUUACCUAAUUAUAAAUAUUAAAGAAUGUUAAAGAAA